ACACAGUCUCGCCACUUCAGACCCAUCACCAUGGAGCCCGCAAGCAAAGACUACCUCUCUGUAGCCGACCUGUCAAAACCGAGACUGACGCCGCUCCAAAUCCAGCUGCAGAAAAUAGACCCAUCGAUUAUCAAGGACGGCACACCAUCUUCAAGGAGCCACAGGCGGGGAUAUGCUCGGCAAAGGACCGAGCACGACUUAUCCUUAUUCGAAAUAAGUGUUUUAGCCUUCCGGGAGAUCAUAUUUAAGCGGCUGUGGAAGAGCGACCACCGGUACCAGAACGAAAGCGAAUUUUGCAAGCAUCAAUGGGGCAUCGCUAAACCCAGGAAGGCGCUGCUCAUUGAAUGCGCGGAGCUUUUGACUGAACUGUCUACGGAGCCCGUACGACCAUGCUCGGAACAGGUUUGCAAAGCAUUGACUCAAGCCUCCGUCGCACUGCAGCCCUCUGCACUUCAAAGAACAUCAAUAGCACCGGAACUUUGGCGACAAGUCUUGAGGGCAUGGCGGGUACAGUACAGGAUCAGCUCGAAUGAACCAGUGGAUGUGGAGAACAUGUCGGCCGACUUUGUCGACAGCAUUUUAUUACCUCAGGCGUCAUCCGCACCCAACCCACAGCCUGUACCAACCAUUCAAAUUCAUGCCCAUUCAAUCACGCCCCAUCAGGAAGCAACGAGUACUCUGUCUUCCGGUCAGCCUGCAUUGCCAAACCUUGAUAUCCAGCACCAAGUGCACUUAUUGCCUCACAGUGUGAUAUCUACCGCACAGAAUAUACCCGGUCGUCAGCCUACGGAUCAACAUCCACAACCAUCUCAACAAGCCAUAGCUCCUGAGCGUCCUCCUAAGACUCGUUCUAUACCGACCUCACACAGCGGAGUAAAUUCCUCGGCCGCCCAACCAUCUAGUCCCACCUCGCAAGCCUCAAUACUUACAUCCGCCUCGCAGCCUGAGCCGUUCCGGGAAAGAGUAGCUCAUCUACUGAUGGAUGAAAGGCGGUUUCAUGCGCCAUUGGCAGUUCUUGAGCGCGUUCAGCGGUUUUUUAACGGCUCAUUACAGCUGGAUCCAGCAGCAUUCGAAGGAUCAACUGUCAAGGCCAUGAUUUCAGUGCCCUUUCCGGAUAUCAUGGAUACAGAUGGCUGGCGCGUACCCGUCGGCUUUGGCAGUAAUUCAGCAAGCGCGCCGCAAAGCUUCGCUCCGAUGCAGUCCUGCUUCCUACAUGUACCCAUUCUGCCCUCGAAGCGACGAUUCGAGACUGAGACUGAGGUAAUUUUUCUGGACGACGUUCGACUUGCAGGACAACUCAACUCAAAGCUUUGGGAAGAAUUCUCGAACGGAAAUGUGGAGGAAGCUAUCUCACUCGUACCAACAUCAGCCACUUGGUUUGGAAGGACAGAACUGGCAGACUGGCCUUGCGUUGUGAUGUCUGGACUGAAGUUUGAGCAGGCCAAUGGCAUGGACCCGUCAGGGAAGAAAUAUGCCGAGGUCCAUAGCUAUAUCGCUGUAUACCUUGGACGAGACCCUCUACGGCAGGCGCAAUUUGUACGAACCUUUCAGGACCUUGGCAUUUCACCUCCUCAGAACCCAGAGAGUCUUAUGGGAUCCUCAUCCACUGUUCCGAAUGCCUCUCAGUCGAAUGGGGGUCAACAUCGAUGGAUCGCUGGGUUCCGCAGACUGUUUCGAACACACACAUCUGACCCUGGAGGGCCCAGAGGGUUGGGAUAUGGUCCUAAAGGGGCCUGGCACCCCUCCCACGACGAUGCGGACGAUGAGUCGAUUGAUCCACAGUUUGACGACAUUUAUAGCAUUCUCCCACCCCACAAGAAGCCGAGACUUGAACGGGCUGGACGACCUUCGGAUGCUCAGGCUGCGUGGCACCAUAGCAAGAGACGAAAAAUGGAGGAGGAGGGGUUCUCGAAGCUCAAGGACCACAACCUGGAUGAGCGGAAGUGGGGAAGAGAGGACGAUAUGUCAGAGUAAUAGCCCUCCACUGAAGAUAUUUUUUUUGUCAAAAUCUACGGAAACAAAGCAGCGGCCUUUUCAGGUUCUGCCAUUUUAAUAAACGCGAUAGUGAGCCAUCCACUGCUGGCACUCGCUCUUGGUAACGCC